AUGCGACUCUUAGGUUUCGUAUCCUUAGCAUACCUCUUCACCAUUACGGUUUCGGCCCAGGAUACAGUUACAGCCACCAAUGAUGCAGCAGUCUCAAACCCACCGGGCGACGCUCCUCCAUCCUCUCUCAUUUCAUAUCAAGAGUAUGAAACAACGAGGACCAUCGACACCGUAAAUACGAGCACAUAUGGAAGCAUAAGUGCUCCGAGCACUUCGAUGGGUGCAGCCAAUGCAACAGGAACCAUCUCCUCCCAAUCAAGCAGUUCGACCUCCACUGUACUUCUGCUGGGCGGUCAAAGAACUACAUCUACCAUCAAUGGCACAGUGUCGGCAAAUGCUACAGCUUCCCAGACUUCUUCUAUCGCUCAACCCACGAACACGACACCCUGCAAUGGCCAUCCAUCUUUCUGUGCCCGGAAGUAUAGCAACAUUACCUACAUCGCAGCCCAUAAUAGCCCUUUCUCGCGACCUGGCAACGCAGCUUCCAAUCAAGCUCUAGACGUCGGGUAUCAAUUAGAGGACGGUAUCCGCAUGCUGCAAUUCCAAACCCACUGGAACGAAACAGAACAGGCAAUCUACCUCUGCCACACCUCCUGCGACGUCCUCGACGUCGGUACCCUAGAAUCCUUCCUCACACGUGUAACCCGCUGGCUCCAACGCAAUCCCUACGACAUCAUAACAAUCUUAAUGGGCAAUUCCGACGUCAUCACCCCGGACAAAUAUGUCGCCCCGGUCACCUCCUCCGGCUUGAUAGACUACGUCUACACCCCUCCCAAAGUCCCGAUGGCCGUCGAAGACUGGCCCACUCUGCAAGAAAUGAUAUUCGCCAAUACCCGCGCAGUAGUAAUGCUAGACUACGAAGCCAACCAACAAGAGAUCCCUUGGCUCCUCGACGAAUUUGGCCAAAUGUUCGAGACGCCCUUCUCUCCCACAAACCGCGAUUUCCCAUGUAUAGCGGACCGGCCGCCCGCGGAAUGGCCUGGCGCAUUACCGCGAGAGAACAGGAUGUACAUAGCCAACCAUAAUCUGAACGUCGAUAUCUCCUUUGGUGGCAUCAGCCUCCUCGUCCCUAAUACCGUGAUACUGAACGAGACCAACGCCGCGGCGGACAUCUAUGGCAGCCUGAAGAGGAAUUCGUUGAAUUGUACGAGCUUGUGGGAUCGGCCGCCGAAUUUUCUGCUCGUGGACUAUUAUAAUGUCGGGGAUUUCAAUGGAUCCGUGUUUCAGGUCGCGGCGGAUGCGAAUGGCGUGAGCUAUGACCGCGACAGGUGUUGUGCGACACCGUCUAAGAAUACUACGGGGAGGAGUAGAGGUGGUGGCUUGGAGGUGCUUUGGGCAUUCAGCGCUUUUGCUGUUACCAUGGUUGUUUUGGGUACAUAG